AUGACAAAUUUGGAAAAUCAGAAUCAUAAUCACAGUUUAAAAAAUAGACAUGACAAUGAAAUCAAAGAAUUAUUUUACGGUGAAUUAUCAGAUCUAGACGGUGAAUGUGAAGAAUGUAGAAUACUUGAAAGUGAUUUGAUCAAUUCGAAAUUUAGUAUUAAACAAUUAUUUAAUUAUGAAAAACUUGACGAAAAUACUCUUAAAAUAUUUUGGUUAAAACUAAAAGAGUAUAAAUUCCAUAAAACGAUGGCAAUCAUAUUGAAAUUUAACAAAAUUAAACAUCUUAAAGAUGAUGACAUUCCAGUCAAAUUGGAUUUUUCAAUAAUAAUGACUGAACCUGAUUUGACAACUAUUACUUGGAGAAGUGUUGAAUGGAUACAAAUGCAACCAGAUGGGUUGAAUUCAAAUAACGUAUUAGAUUAUUUUGCUGAAUCCCCAUUCUGGGAUCCACAAUGUAGCAACAAUAUUUUGAAAAUGCAAACUCGUUAUAAUGAAUUGAAAGAUAUUACUUCUAAUCUAAGAAAAAUGAAAGGAAAUGAAUUUCAAGUUGUAGAUGAAAAACCACCAUAUUUAUGGGUGAUUAGAAAACAAUAUAGGUUAACAGAAUUUGAAGUGAGACCAGUAGCUACUUAUUAUGUAUUAAAUUUCAACAUUUACCAAGCACCAGAUUUAGAUUCCAUUAUUGGCAAUAGAAUUUUAACAAGCAUUUAUCAAUUAAGUUUAGCCUUUAAUACAGCAUACAAACAUGUAGAUUUUCAUCCUGCAACAGAAUCACGAAUCAUUCAUCAAGAACCAUUAGAACAAAUAGAAUUUCGUAUGGGAGUAGAUAGAGUUUUAAAACAUAUUAAUGUAAACACGGAGCGGCAAUUACGUCAUGUUGAUGAAUUACUGAAUAGGCCACCAUCACCACCACCUACAUUACAAGAUAAUAACAUAAUAUCGAAAAAUGAACCAAACAUUUUAAUGACUAGUCCCACUUUAAUAUCUCCUUCACAAAUUGGUGCAGAAUCAUCUGUUACUAUGCAAGAAGAAGGCUUUCUAUACCGGAAUAGUGGCAGUGUUUCAGUAUUAGAAAGCCUUUUGGAAGAAGGCCUCUCGCUUUUAGAAAAUAAAAAAAAUGUUUUUGGAGAUGUCUUUAAAAAUAAUUAUAUUGCAGAUCUCGAUCUGCGUCUAGUUUUAAUAUCAGGACAUCAAAAAGAAUACGAAGGGAUUCUUAAAAAUGACGUCCUUUUCUUAAAGGGCAAUAAUUUAGAAUCUAUUGAUUUGAAAGAAAGGUAUUUGGUUUAA